GAGACCAGAGAGACUAGAGAGACCAGAGAGACCAGAGAUACCAGAGAGACCAGAGAGAUCAGAGAGAUCAGAGAGAUCAGAUAGACCAGAUAGAUCAGUCUCACAGUAGUCCUUCAACCAACACAGCAACUACAGCAACAGCUAUCAAAGCUACAGCAACUAAUUUAACCCUGUUUACCAGUCACAAUGUUGCUUCAACGUGAGGAGACAAGAGCAACUAUGAACAGACUGUUGCUGUUUAAACAUCUCUGUGUUGCUUCAGUGUGAGACAACAGCAACGCAACCUUCAACUACAUCUACAGCAACUACAGACCUCCAUCAACUACAUCUACAGCAACUACAGACCUCCAUCAACUACAUCUACAGCAACUACAGACCAGCAGUACAAGUACAGUACAACAAAAUUGUAACUUCCUGUGAACUUCCUGUGGACUUCCUGUGGACAGCCAAUCAAAACUGAGUCUGACGGUGUCCUGAUGGAUGUCCUCUCAGACUAUCAAACUGAUCAGCUGAUCUGGUUUCAGGUGACACCUUCAGGUUGAGUUCAACUCUGCCCACACAGCCCCGCCCUCCUGGAUCAGGUGAAGACCACAGCCAACAAGAUGAGCCAGUUAAAAGAGGCGGAGCCUAGUCGGGAGAUGGAAGGAAAGGUGCAGACCUGGGCUCAGUCUCUGGUUUACACUGUGGAGGAACUCGAGUGUAAAAUCUGCUACAGCCGUUAUGACACACGCAGCCGCAAACCCAAAGUGCUAAGCUGUCUGCACCGAGUCUGCGCCAAGUGUCUGAAGAAGAUGGUCGACAUGGGAGAGUCUUCGCCCUCUGUCAUCAGCUGUCCUUUCUGUCGCCACGAGACCCACGUUCCUGACGAGGAGGUGUGGUUGAUGGAGGACGACAGACACAUCCUGGCUGUUCUGUCAUGUCAGGACCGAGUCCGCCGAAGAGAAGGGGGAGGAGGAGGAGAGGUGGUGCUGAACCCAAACAGUCUGACUGGAGGAGGCGUAGACCCGUCCCACCGCUCCUCAGACUGUCUCGUCAUCACCAUCAUGGAGCUCCCUGAGGAGUCUCCGUCCUCGGACUCACUAAGCAUGCUUAAUGUGGUGGGUCUGUACCGCCCCCCCAGCCUGGACUCGCUGCCCUGCAGCCUGCCGGCCCACAAGUGUCGCGCCUGGACGUCCCGCAGCUUCCCCCGCUGCCUGCUGGGGGCUCUCUGCCUGGUGUACUUUAGCUCGCUGCCUUUGGGAAUCUACCUGCUGAUGAUUGGUCAGCUGUGGCUGGGCGUGGUUCUGGUCAGUCUGGUUCCGUCCACACUGCUGCUGCUUGUCCUGUAUGGCUUCUGUCAGUGUCUGUGCCACGAGGUGAUGGAGGCGCUUGCCGCGCGCACGCACACACUGCCAUGACGACGGGAUGAUGAGCCCGCCCCCAAAAGAC